AUGCAAAAGAGCUUGGACAAAGAGCUCCAGGAAGCUAAGGAGGAGCAGAGGGAAGAAGAGGAGCGUGAAGCCCAGGAAGAUGAGAACAACGAUGCAAAGGAUACGGCGGAAGGCGAGGAAGCGUCGCGCAAGCCAAAGUCCUUGCCCAGGCCAAAGGGAAAGUCACAACCUAAGGCCAAGGCGAAAGCAAAAGCAAAGGCAAAGGCAGCAGGAAAGAAUACAAAUGCAGGGAACAGCAAAGCUGCCAAGCCAAAGGCCAGCGCAAAGGGCAAAGAAGCGUCGGAUGAUGAUUCGGAGAACAUGAAGGACCACGAGACAGCGCAAGGAUCAUCCGAGCCAGCGAAACUGAGCUCCCCAAAGAAGGCAAAGGCAAAGGCAGCCCCUUCCCCAAGCGACACCCCAAGCGAGCAAGCACCCAACAAGAAGAGGAAGGAUCAGGAGCCGGAAGAGGAGAAAGGCGAGGAAGCAGGCGAUGAAAUGAAAGUGAAGAAGCGAAAAGAUUUCAUGGCUACCGGGGGUGCAUGGGAGAAAGGCGUGGUGCUGAAGCAAAUCCGAUCCCGAGACCGCAACGGCAACCGUGCCUGUCGCAAAUGGUUAACAAAGAAGCAACUGCUCAGGCACUUCGAGGGAGAUGAAGAGUUGGUUGAAGCCUUGAUAAUCCGCAAGGAGACAGAUGCCGAUUUGAGCAAGAGCGAGGUCCGGCCCCACCCAGAAUGUCCUGGCUACUUGUUUGAGUCUAUGUAA